UUUUAUCAACAGAGCAAAUCCAACGUGAUAAAUUUAGGACACGGAUUCACCAAUGACGAAGUUUCAUUUAAAAUGAAAAUAAUAAAAAAAAAACAUCCCAGGGGGUGUUCAGAAUGACCAGAAAAACACGUGUAUCAUAUAUGUAGGCCCAUGCUAUCUGACCCUUUGAAUUAGACAAUGGAACAUUGAUACAAAGUUGUCUGUAAUCAAAAAAGGUGUGCUUACACAUACAAUUUCUGCCAAGGACAUCUAUUUAUGCAAAACACGUCUCUGUGAAGUCUGCCGCACAGGUAAAUUUUUGAAUACGUUUGUCAUUUAUUUGAUCGUCGCGAACUAGUCUUGUGAAGGGAUAAAACUGAAUCAUACCUCGUAUUUACCCCCAUCCUGUUCAACCACUGCCAUUUAAAUAGCCGUAAACCGGGCCAGGGAAUGACACCUUCCAUUGUGUACUUUAAAACGAAUCUAAAAAUUGUGAUUGAACUCUGGAUUUAGAGGAGAAGCACGUAUCGUCCUAGUGUUUGGUCAACGUAGUGUGAACAUGAAGUUCUUGGUUUGCCUAGUGUCUGUCGUUUCCUUUGCGUCGGUUAAGGCAACCUACGCCGAAGAUUACCACUGGGCAAGUGUUGUGGAGGAAAACGCACCUGCUUCCCUCAAAUGCACGGAACCCAAGUUAGAUCUGAACAUGACCUAUGCCGGCUCUGUUCAGUGGUUCAAACCAACAGGUAUGGAGAUAUUGCGCACCGACGAAAAUUUCCUUCUGGAAGACUUAGAUAGGUACCUACGCAUGACACUUACCAUUCACAAGGUCAACGCCUCCAACAGUGGAAUAUAUAAAUGUAAACUCAUGGUGUCCGGAUCGUUAAAUUUCAUAACGCUAAUCCGUGGAAUCAACAUCCAUGGUCCGAAGCAUGUGAAGUUUCUGGAUGAGUACGAGAGCAAUGUUAUCGUUGCGGUAGUGGCAACGUUAGUGUUUCUCGUGCCAUUCCUUGGUGGUUGCGGUGUGUGGAAAUUCAGGUUCAGGGAAGAUGAAGAAGAGAAACAGAAACACAACAUGUUUAACAUGAGACAUGAGGAGCACGAUAACGGACGAGUGAUGACGGAGGUCCCAGAGAAGACCAUAGCGGCAAACGUGGAAUCUCCCGAGGGUAGAGGCGCCUACGAUAACGUGGCUACGGACACACGAUUGUAAAAUAUUUACUUCUACAGUUGUUGAGCAUAAUCCAAUAUUGAUUAUUUUCUAUUUCUAAUACAUAUAUACUUUGUGCAUAGCAUAUACAUGUAUAUCUUAUUUACAGCAACUUCAAGCAUUGUAUUACCCUUGUAAGAUUCGCUCAUUCCUUAAGCAGAGUCAUAUGUACAUGUAAGGAUUUAAUUAUCAUCCAUAUCAUUUCAAAUAUUAUUAAUGUAUGAUUUUUCAAAUAUUUAUUUUUUGUAUUAAAUAGGUUUUGCAGAU